AUGUGCUAUCUCGUGGACUUUGAUGACGACAAGAAUUGUGUUCCCCAGGUGACAGUGUUGUUUCCCCAGCAGUUUUCCCCAGAUGACAGUGUAGUUUCCCCAGAUGAUGAUGGUGCUAAUCAACAAGAAUGUGUUCCUCAGGUGACAGUGUUGUUUCCCCAGAUGAUGAUGGUGCUAAUCGUGGACUUCAAUGACAACGACGAGACAAGAAUGUGUUCUCCAGAUGAUGAUGGUGGUGCUAAUCAACAAGAAUAUGACAGUGUUGUUUUCCCAGAUGAUGAUGAUGCUAAUUGUGUUCCCCAGAUGAUGAUGGUGCUAAUCGUGGACUUCGAUGACAACGACGAGACAAAAAUGUGUUUCCCAGAUGAUGAUGGUGGUGCUAAUCAACAAGAAUGUGACAGUGUUGUUUCCCAGAUGAUGAUGGUGCUAAUCGUGAACUUCGAUUACGACGACAAGACAAGAAUGUGUUCCCAAGAUGAUGGUGGUGCUAACGUGGACUUUGACUUCGACAACGAGAACAAGAAUGUGUUCCCAGAUGAUGAUGAACAAGAAUGUGUUUCCCCAGAUGAUGAUGCUAAUCGUGUUCCCCAGGUAACAGUGUUGUUUCCCCAGGUGACAGUGUUGUUUCCCCAGGUGACAGUGUUGUUUCUCCAACGUUGUUUCCCAGAUGACAGCAUUGUUUCCCCAGAUGAUGAUGGUGCUAAUCGUGGACUUCAACAACGACGAGAACAAGAAUGUGAUUCCUCAGAGGAUGGUGCUAAUUGUGUUCUCCAGGUAACAGUGUUGUUUCCCCAGGUGACAGUGUUGUUUCCCAGGAUGUGUUCCCCAGAUGAUGGUGCUAAUCGCAGACUUCCACUUCGACUACGACAACGAGAACAAGAAUGUGUUCCCCAGAUGAUGGUGCUAAUCGUGUCUCCAGAUAACAGUGUUGUUUCUUCAGAUGAUGAUGAACAAGAAUGUGUUUCCUCAGAUGAUGAUGCUAAUCGUGUUCCCCAGAUGACCCACGGGAGUGGUUGCGCUCCCGGAUCCCAAUCGCAAGGUCGCCGGUUUGAGUCUAACGGGGACGAAACUGUGCCAGGACACGAUUGA